AUGGAUCAAUUUCCCUCAUCUAGCUUUGUUGUGAGAACUGAAAGAAGUUUGCUGGGCAAGGAAAGGUUGCAGUUUAUCAUCCUUGUGGGCCAGACUGGAAGCGGCAAAACUACCCAGAUUCCCCAGUUUGUUCUUGAAGCUGUGAAAACUUCGGAUAAGAGGCACAGGAUGAUGGUUGCUUGCACUCAGCCCUGUCCAGUGGCUGCAAUCUCUGCCGCGCAGCGCGUUGCCGAAGAGAUGAAUGUCGCCGUUGGUGAAGAAGUUGGGUACAGCAUCUGUUUCGAAGACAAUGUCAGUCGCAGCAAGACGGUCUUGAAGUAUCUAACGGACGGCAUGCUCUUGAGAGAAGCCAUGGCCGACCCACUAUGGGACAGGUACAGAGUAAUAAUCGUCGAUGAAGCUCACGAGAGAACUCUAGCAACAGAGGUGCUCUUGGGCUAUCUCAGAAAAGUGUUGCGGAGGCGUCCAGAUCUCAAGCUGGUGAUCAUGACUGCCAGUACUGUAGAAGUAGAAGCUGAGUUUCAAGACUAUUUUGAUGGGGCGGCUGUAAUGAAAGUUCUUUCUGUGCACCACCCUGUGGAUGUAUUGUACACAAUGGCGCCUGAAUGCGACUACCUCGAAGCUACAAUUCGAACUGUUGUCGAGAUACACAAACAGAAGAGGCCUGGAGACAUACUAGCGUUUUUGACAAGUGAGGAAGAGAUGGAAGAGGCCUGCCACGGAAUUUCUGCAGAGAUUGGUAAAUUGGGAGACGAGUUUGGUCCUGUGGAAAUCGUGCCUCUGCACUCAACUCUGCCUCCAGCCGCCAUGUCGCUGCAGAAGAUAUUCGAGCCUGCUCCACCAGCUGGGAGGAAGAUCGUGGUCUCAACAAACACUGGUGAAACAUCUCUCAGUAUAGACGGGAUUGUUUAUGUGAUUGAUCCCGGUUUCGCAGAACAGAAAUCUUAUGACCCGCGUGUUGGAGUUGAGUGCCUUUCGGUUUCUCCAAUUUCCAUGGACAGGGCUGAUAUGAGAGCCUCUCUAGCUGGCAGGACAGCGCCGGGGAAAUGCUACAGGCUUUACACCGAGAGGAGCUACAAUCAGGAUCGUCGGGCGCGGACUGAACCCGAGAUACUGAGGGCUCUGGAGUUGUUGUCGGAUUUGGGAGCGCUGGAUGGUAAGGGGAACCUGACGAGGCUAGGGAACAUUAUGAGUGAGUUCCCCCUCGAUCCUCGGAUGGCGAAGAUGCUGGUUGUUAGUCCGUGCUUCAAUUGCUCGAAAGCGAUCCUCUCUAUCUGUGCUAUGCUAUCGGUACGCGACUGCUUUCGAAAAGCUGAUGAUGAAGAAGCCAGAGCGAGGUUCGUUGACACCGACGGUGAUCACCUGACUCUGUUGAAAAUCUACAAAGCAUUCGAGCACAACAUUUUAAGGGUAGAUUAUUAG